GACAAGCCUAGUCUACUUUGGGGGAGGUGGGGUUGUUGCUUACAAGCAGAGUUAAAGAGGAAAUUACGCUUUUGGAGAAGAAGCGAUAAGCAAUUGCAGCUUCGCUGCUGACGCGAAAUAGAACGUUGUAUACAAAACUUAAGUAGCCAUGGCAACACCAGGUAGAAUACGAUCAACACGUCGGCUGCGCAACUGGAUGGUAGAGCAGGUGAACAGUGGGAGGUAUCCGGGGUUGGUGUGGGACGAUGUUGCUAAGACCAUGUUUCGCAUCCCUUGGAAACACGCCGGAAAGCAGGACUUCCGGAGCGACGAGGAUGCCGCCAUCUUCAAGGCAUGGGCGGAGUUUAAGGGCAAGCUGUCGGAGGAUACGCGCUCUGACCCCGCCUCCUGGAAGACCCGGCUGCGCUGUGCCCUCAACAAGAGCCCCGAGUUCAGCGAGGUCAACGAGAGGUCACAGCUGGACAUCUCCGAGCCGUACAAGGUGUACCGGCUGGUUCCUCUGUCUGAGCAGGGUCAGGUAGCCAGCGGAGGAAGGGAUGGAGCUCGGGUCAAAAGGAGGAAGAGGACCAACGAUUCUGACAGUGAGGAAGAGAACCGGACCAAAAAAAUCAAAGACGAGGUCAUCUCUCUGCAGCCAAUCAGCAUGACUCCGCAGGAGAUCGAGGUCGAGCGAGAGAUCACGAUUGAGUCGGAGGACGGCACAGAGGCGAUCCUCCAGAAGAACGACAGCUCGGACAUGGAGGUCAAUGAGAUCCAGCUGAACUUCAUGAUCGAGACCCUCCCACCGGCUGGAGCCCUCCCCACCCUGCUUGUGUCGGUGAAGUAUGUGGGCCACGAGGUUCUGAAGAGGGAGAUCUUCCAGCGGGACAUCAGAAUCGCCUACUACUCCUCCUCAGCAAGCCCCCCGUCCCUCGUGGCCCUGCCAGUGGGAGCGGUGGAGAAAGUGGCCCUCCCCGAGCCUGGGUCCGCCCUGCCGGAGGGCUCCAUCACCGGGGACCAGCUCCAGGCCUGCUCCACCCUGCUGACCUACAUGGAGAAGGGGGUGCUGCUGACCUCCAACACGAUGGGGGUCAUAGCCCAGCGCUUCUGCCAGGGACGGGUGUACUGGCGGGGGCCGCACACAGGCGACAACGGCCUCCGCAAGCUGGAGCGCACCCCGUUCCCAGUCUGCCUGUUCAACAGGCAAAACUUCCUGCAGGAGCUGAACUUGUUUCGGAGCAGUGGUGGUAACCUGCCUCAAUGUGGGGUCACUCUGUGUUUUGGAGAGGAGCUCGAUACAGAGGACAUCUCUGGCAAACUCAUCACAGUGCACAUCUCGUUGCCCUGGGCAACCCAGCAGGUCCAGGAAGCGCAGUCUUUCAGGGAAUCUGUGGCCCUCCUGCAGACGCUGGCCAACCAAUCGCCACUGAACGAAGUCACCUUCAAUGUCGUUGGAAUCAUCUAACUAAGUGGAGAACAACCCCACCCCCUUUCUUUUAGAAUUCCCUGAUGGACAAUGGCAUCUAAAUAACUUUACAAGCACUUGGCAUUUAGUCUUGGGUGUAUCCAAGAUGGCGGCAGCAUCAGCUCCUCUCCUGACUUUGUACCAGGCAGGUGCAACGAGUCACAAGGUAGAUCCUUUGGCUUGAACGGCACUACACAGACAGUCACUCUGCACUUUACAACUGUGUAGAAAAUGCCUAAAUUCCGUCGUGGAGAACCAAACCACUAUGACAUUUACACCCCUGUAGAGAUGGAGCUUUUAAAACCUAGAGACCAAUAGAUCCUUACAGGACACCACUGAAUAUAUCGUGACUGUGUAUGAUUUAACUACUGGAAGUUCCUGAUGGGGGGCGGCACUGCUGCCUCACAGCAAGGAGGUCCUGGGUUCGAAUCCCCAUCGGCCGGGGCCUCUCUGUGUGGAGUUUGCAUGUUCUCCCCGUGUUUGCGUGGGUUUUCUCCAGGUACUCCAGUUUCCUCCCACAGUCCAAAGACAUGCAGGUUAGGCUGAUUGGAGAGUCUAAAUUGCCCAUAGGUAUGAGUGUGUGAGUGAAUGGUGUGUGUGCCCUGCGAUGGACUGGCGACCUGUCCAGGGUGUAGUCCUGCCUUUCACCCAAUGUAUGCUGGGAUAGGCUCCAGCCCCCCUGCGACCAUGUUCAGGAUAAGCGUCCAUGUACUAGAGAAGGGAAAGGCCUAUAUAUGCCAGAUACCCUGCGUAGGAUGUGAAAUAUUCAGCCACCACCAAUCUGCUCACCGCGACAAUUUUUUUAUACUGAUGCCUGUCAAUGUUUUAUCUUCUGAAAUGCUGUUUAUAACAAUCCAUUUGUGACUUUUAUUUCUGUGUUUGCAGCUUAGAACAUGUAGAGAUAUUAGCACAUAUAUAUACAGACACACACAUACGUACGAACAUACUCACACUGUAGAUCAGAGGUGUCCAAUCUUGUCCUAAAAGGGCCGGCGUGGGUGCAGGUUUUUGUUUUAACCCAGCAGUAACACACCUGAUUAUACCAAUGAACUAAUCGUGGUCUUUAAUCAAGACCUUGAUGAGUAGAAUCAUCUGUCUUCGUCCUGUGCUAAAACAACCUGCACACACAGGGGCCCUUUCUGGAUAAGAUUGGACACCCCUGCUGUUGAUUAACAGGUAGAUAUACUAGCCUAACUAAGAAGGGUGAAGGUAAUUUUGAAACGCUCCCUUAUAGUAAUUACUUGAAUUAGGAUAGAUUGCUACGUGAUCUGAUUUGUAAUUAAGAGAUGUGUAAAGUUUUGGGGCUGGGAACACCUCUCAUAGAGGACCACAUCCCUGGAUUUCUUGCCAAAUUCUGUUCUCCAUUUAACCUUGGCUGGAAUUAGCUUCAUACCAAUGGGGGUCCGAUCUUUACUACUCUGAGGCAGCAACGAAUGGUUAGUAAUGGAUCAGUAAGUGGCCGAUAUACCUAUAUAUAUUUUUUAUAUAUAUAUUUUUUAACAUCAGUAAAAAAAAAAAUGGUAUGAAUGAAAAGUUUGUAAAGCUAUAAGCACUAUAGAUAAGAGCGUCUGCUAAAUACCAUAAAUGUCAAUGUUAAAUAUGCCAAAUCAGUAAUGAAGAGCAGAAAUAGGCCUGUAAUUCUGAAAUGGGAUUGGCCCAGUUGGUUGAGCAGUUCUGACCACAGAGUCUACAAUCAGGGAGUGAACUGUGUUUGGACUGAAGUGGAACAAGUGAAAAGAAAGAUUACUACAGCAAGCAUCUGUAAAUAUGUUAUUUAUCCACAGAAAUGCUGACGAUUAGUUUGCUUUUAUGUAAUACCUUGUACUUUCCAAAUAAAGUUGGUAUUAUGAAAA